UGAAACUUGGGAGGAAAUAGAUGCACAAUAGAGCUGAAAAUAUGGAUUGUGGAUAAAAUAUCGCUUAUGGUCGAUGGUUAAACAUCCAAUAAACACAGAUAUCAGUUGGACAAACACCUAUGCAGCCAACAAGAGAGGAAUAUGAAAUCAUUACUCUGUGUUGUAGUCCUUUUUGCUGUAGCGUGCUUCGUUAAAAGUCAAAAUAAGAAACCGCAUAUUUUACUUGUGAUAGCAGAUGACUUUGGUUACAACGACAUCGGGUAUCAUGGCUCUGAGAUAAAAACACCGAACUUGGAUAAACUUGCCGGAGAGGGAAUCAAAUUGGAGAAUUAUUACGUGCAGCCAAUAUGUACUCCUUCCAGAAGUCAACUAAUGUCUGGACGCUAUCAGAUACAUACGGGGCUUCAACAUGGAGUAAUUUUUCCUGCCCAACCUAACGGCUUACCUCUAGACAGCCCAAUACUACCAGAAAAACUAAAGGAAGCGGGAUAUUCAACGCACGCGGUAGGGAAAUGGCAUCUGGGUUUUUAUAAAAAGGAAUAUCUCCCAACAAACAGAGGGUUCGACUCUUAUUUCGGGUACCUUAGUGGUGCUGAGGACUACUUCACACACGAAAGAUGUUUUGGGGUAAUGUGUGGUACAGAUUUACUCGAUAAUACAAACCCAGCCAACUAUUCCGGACAGUAUUCGGCUCAUUUAUUUUCUCAAAAAGCAGUCGAUGUUGUCAAAAAUCACAAUACAAACCAGCCUCUUUUCCUGUAUCUUCCAUUCCAAUCCGUACAUGCCCCGCUACAAGUACCAGACAAGUAUAUACAGCCCUAUAUGCAUAUAAAGGACGAGCAAAGAAGAACAUAUGCUGGAAUGGUGUCUGCUAUGGAUGAGGCUAUAUGGAACCUUACGGAGGUUUUCAAACAGAAAGGGAUGUGGAAUAAUACGCUGAUGGUGUUUUCAACAGAUAAUGGGGGACAAAUCCAUGCAGGAGGGAAUAAUUAUCCUCUGCGGGGAUGGAAAAACUCUCUCUGGGAAGGGGGUGUUCAUGGCGUGGGGUUUGUACAUGGUCAGAUGUUGAAAAGAAAAGGGACAGUCUCACGAGACUUAAUUCAUAUCUCAGACUGGUUCCCCACACUUUUGUCAAUGGUCGGUGGUAAUUUAAAUGGAACAAAACCAUUGGAUGGAGUGGACCAGUGGAAAACCAUAAAUGAUGAGUCAACACCCAGUCAAAGGAGAUCAAUUCUACACAACAUAGACCCUCUCUACCCCCCAGUGGGUCAAAGACUGCCUACAAGCCCAUUUGACAACAGAAUAAGGGCGGCUGUCCGAAUGGGAGACUGGAAGCUCGUCACAGGUUUUCCUGGAAAUGGAAGUUGGAUUCCUCCACCUCAUAUGAAAAAUUUAGCGAUGUCAAAAAUAAACAGUGCAGCUGAAAAGAAUAUUUGGUUGUUCAAUAUCACAGAUGAUCCCAAUGAGCACAACGAUGUUUCUGACACUAUGCAACAUGUAGUAAUGGAUAUGUUGGAGCUACUAGCUCAGUAUAACAAAACUGCGGUACCCUGCAGGUUUCCUAACAUAGACCCUAAAGCUGAUCCGAAAUACCACGGAGGAUAUUGGGGUCCAUGGGAGUAAAUGUUUAAAAAAUAAAACAAAAAAUGACCAUAUUACGUUUGAUUUACAAGUACAUUAUCACAUUUUAUGUUCUAAAUAAAUAACCUUGGAAAGACAUG